CUUAGCGUUUAGAGUCAAAUUAUGAUUGAAAUAACAAAACAUAAAACAUUGUUUUGUUUAUAUUAUUAAUUCUUAUUUUAACAGUGCGAUGGAUUCUCAUUGGACUGAUGAAAAUAAAAUUGACGGUAUAUACAAUGAUCAAGAAAGAAACAAACCGAUAAACAUUUACAAUGUACUUAACACAAAGACUCCAGAAAAUUACGUUUUUGAAGAAGAAUUAGAAAACAAUGUCAGUUGUGAUCAAGACUUCCAGAGUGGACCUAAUUUAGAGUUCAUACAACAAAUGUUACAUCUGGUGAAAGGUGGAAAUACACACACAGAAAUUUCACAAGACACAGAUGUAAUAGAAAUAAGCAAAUUUACAAAUGUUGCUCAAAAGAAUAAUACUCAAGCAAAUGCAAAUGUUACUAAAGAUAGUAAUGACAUCGAAAAGUUGUUAAAUAAAAAAAAGCAGAGAAAUGUUACCAUCGAAUCAAUUUUAGAGGGCAUUUCUAAUGAAUGUAAUUUGAUGAGUCUUGAGGAUAAUGAAAUUGAAUAUAAAAAUGAACAGCAUGUUAAACUAUUAAAACCGGAAGAUUUUGUUUUAAAAUCUGAAUCUAGUCCAGAAGUAUUGGAAGCAAAUAACAAAUGUGAUAUAUCCGUAAAAGGUUUGAUUACAGAAGCCAGUGCUUUUGUAUUCAAGAAAAAGUCUCCCGAGUUAACUAUAAGAGAUAGUAAUGAUAGUCCCAAGUCUGAACCAAAGAGUGAUGCUUAUCAACCAUCAUCUAUGGCAGAGUUAUAUUAUAAGAAGUACUUGGAAAGAAGUAAAUUUAAAGAAAAAAUGCAACAAUUAACUGAAGAAACUUACGAAAAAAUAAAAGCAAACAAUGAUUUUGAAGGAGUUCGACUUCCUUGUCACCGACAUAUGGUAGUUCAGGAUUGUAUCGUUUGCAAUAUUAUUUGUAGGAAGUUAUUUAAAUAAUUUAAAGUACAUAAUAUAGUAUUAUUGUGUGUUGUAUAUUUAUAUACUGUA